GCAAGGCUGUGUGGGAAAAAUUGGGGUGCCGCAGUCGAGCUCACCUUGUUGCAUCGAAUUUCGUCAACCCGAGCCACUGCUUGCUUCCCUGUCGACGAUUGCAGAUAAAGGUCGACCCUUCCCGGCCGCCCCAAAAAUUCUCUAUCAGCAACGCCGCAAAGCAACUCUGCAAAGCACUAACCGCCUCUACUUUUCGCCUCUACACAUCCCCUACCGCUCCAGGAACUCCUAAAAACAGUAAUUAAAAGGGACCAUACGAGCAACCACAAUCAUGGCGGUGCGAGCACAAUUUGAGAACUCGAACGAGGUCGGGGUCUUCUCUACCCUCACAAACUCCUACGCACUCACGGCCAUCGGCGCGAGCGAGAACUUCUACAGUAUCUUCGAGGCCGAGUUGCAAGAUGUCAUUCCCAUCGUCAGAACCACCAUCGCCGGCACCCGCAUCGUCGGCAGGUUAACAACAGGCAACCGGAAAGGCCUCCUCGUCCCCACCAGCACAACCGACCAAGAACUCCAGCACAUCCGAAAUGCCCUCCCAGACGAGGUAAAAAUCCAGCGGAUAGAGGAGCGUCUGUCGGCGCUAGGCAACGUGAUUGUCGCAAACGACCACAUCGCCCUGGUCCACCCGGACCUGGAGCGUGAGACGGAGGAGAUCAUCGCAGACGUGCUGGGCGUGGAGGUAUUCAGGCAAACGGUGGCAGACAAUGUCCUGGUGGGAUCCUAUAUGGCGCUCUCAAAUCAGGGCGGCCUGGUGCACCCCAAGACGUCGAUAAGCGACCAAGACGAGCUGUCCAGCCUGCUGCAGGUGCCGCUGGUGGCCGGCUCGGUCAACAGAGGUAGCUCUGUGGUGGGCGGUGGCAUGGUGGUGAACGACUGGAUGGCUGUCACAGGGCUAGACACCACCGCGACGGAGCUCAGUGUCAUCGAGAGCGUGUUCAGGCUCGGCGAGGGCGCCGCGCCUGGCAAUAUCAACACCAACAUGAAGGAGACCAUGGUGGAGUCGUUCUACUAGAGGCCUAAGCCGGGGGUUGCUUUCCUGGACAAGAGCCUUGGAGUAAUUCUUUUGAGGCGGUAUAGUCGAGCCUAGUCAGAAAGACCACGGCUCAUACCAUAGCGAUCAAGCUACAUUGUCCAAGA